GGCGACUCUCUUGUACGUGCGCGUUCCCAAACCUGACGCUUCCUCCCUUUUAUAAAAAAUAAAAAAAAUCCUCCCCUUUCCUAUAUGUUAUCAUCAUCCACCCACCCUCUUCUGUGAAAGAGCGAAAGCCUUGUUUACGCGCGCGCGUUCCCAACAGGCACCAGUGGGGAGCUGUCCAGCCAGCGAUUUGAAGUAGUCUUCUUGCCCGGAUACUGCUGUCUCUUGUCUGUCCAGGAAUGAGAAGUGAUGGCCGGCUCUGCAGCAGAGGAGAAAACCUUCCGAAGGUUCUUGGAGCUCUUCCUCCGAGAGAUGAGGCCACCACUUCAGGAGAACGACCCUGUCCCAAUGCGCCCUUUAUCGGACCUCACCUCGGCGGACGAAGUGGAAGGGGAAUGCCUCGAUAUGUGUCUUCAGCACCUGUGCAAAUAUAACUGCCCCUUCUCCCUGGCGGCUGCCCUGGCACGGUCUACAGCAGACAGUGUUCUGCAGAGUGACCUCUCCAUCUACCACAUCCAGAAGACUGUUGAGGAUGGAGUAGACCCUUUCCCCCAGAUUGAGUCGGUGGCAUUUGCCAGGCUCAUUUUCAACAAACUGUGUGAAACAUGCUGCCUGUGGCUGAAAGACUUCCCUUACCGCCGCCGCCCUCAGCCCUACUACGAGACUUCCAUCCACGCCAUCAAAAACAUGCGCCGCAAGAUGGAGGACAAACAUAUCGUCAUCCCCGACUUCAACACUCUCUUCAACAUACAGGACCAGGAGGAGCAGGCCUUCUUCGCUGUGUUCGAUGGCCACGGGGGCGUGGACGCUGCCAUCUAUGCCGCCAACCACCUCCACGUCAACAUGGUGCAACAGGAGUGCUUCAGCCAGGAUCCAGGGGAAGCCCUUUGUCGCGCCUUCAGAGUCACCGACGAACGCUUCAUCCGGAAAGCUAAGCUGGAGAACCUGCGCUGCGGCACCACGGGAGUGGUGACCUUCCUGAGGGGGCGGACCCUGUACGUGGCCUGGCUGGGGGACUCUCAGGUCAUGCUGGUCAAGAAGGGCCAGGCCGUGGAACUGAUGAAGCCUCAUAAGCCUGACAGAGAGGAUGAGAAGCAGCGUAUUGAAGCUCUGGGAGGUUGUGUCAUCUGGUUCGGCACAUGGAGGGUUAAUGGCAGCCUGUCCGUAUCCAGAGCCAUAGGCGACAAUGAGCACAAGCCCUACAUCUCUGGCGAUGCCGACCACCACAUAGUCACAUUGGACGGCACAGAGGACUACCUGAUCUUGGCCUGCGACGGCUUCUACGACACAGUCAGUCCUGAUGAGGCGGUGCGUGUGGUCAGCGACCACCUGACGGAGAACAGUGGCGACAGCACCAUGGUGGCCCACAAGCUGGUGGCCUCGGCCCGCGAUGCUGGCUCCAGCGACAACAUCUCCGUCAUUGUGGUCUUCCUUAGAGACCUCCGCGCGCCCCCCCCGGGAGAGGAGGAGGGGGCAGGGGAGGAAAUAGAGGAUGAGGAGGUGGAGGAGGAAGGGCAAGGGGAGAUGGCAUGCCAGGACGGGGGCACCGCGGAUGUUGGGGGGAAGAGUCACUGUUUCCUGCAGCAGUGCUCGGCUCCAGCCGACCUGGGCUAUGAAGACCGCAUGGACUCAUUGACGGACAGAACCAGCCUAGGCUUGCUGGGGCCCACGCUGGGAGAGGAGGGUCCGAUCAGGCUCCCCCUUGCCAGCUCACACCCGUCCCCGUCCUUAGGCCUCACCCAGAACCUCAUGCCUGCCGAGGGCCAUGGCGCGGCCUGGUUGCCCUGUCUAGAAGAGGGGCUAAAGGGCUCCAGGCACAAGCACCGGCCUAAACUCCGAGUCCCUACCUGCCAAGAUCCCAGCUCAGAUGGACAAUGGCCCCUGGCGGCCGCCCUGUUUGGCUACGCGGGGAGGCACACCCGGAGGAUGGAGUGCGUGAGCCCCAGAUGGGGGUGGUGGUCCCAGGAUUGGGGCCGAGCGCCCAGGGAGCUCCCCGGCCUGCUGCACUCCACCCGUAGUGUGCCCUACCCCCAGCGCUGCCCUGAGAGAAGGCCUGGGGUGGCCCUCCCCCACCUACCCAACGGCAGCAGAGUCUGAUGAUGUGACAUAAUCUCCACUAGCUCCUCUCUCUCCUGCCCCUUCCUUUAUCUGACUACAGUCAUUCAUUCAUCCAUCCAUCAUAAACUCCCCAUCCAGGACACUGGCACCACCCCGUCCGUCCGUCCGUCCAUUCAUCUCUACAAGCACCUACCCCUCCCCAUAGCCACACAGCCCCAUUCAGGAGGCCGGACAUAACAAUUUACUGCUCCUGGCCCAUAUUGCAAACACAUACUGUACUGUACUCAGAUUCAUAAUGGAAUACACAUUAUCCACUCACUCCAUCUCCAUAAAUGGGAGUAGUUAAUACAGGAUUAUAAGAUUAGUGGUCACUUACCUGAAUAAAUCCAACAUGUAUAGACCGAUAUGUAUUCCAGAUGGGGUUACAAUAGAGGAUAAUGGCAUCUAAAAGGGGAUAUUAUUAAGAAAUGAUAUUCUAUUUAUAAUGUUGGGGAUGACAUCAUGCAAGAGCAGACAUUAAUCAGUCUGUGCUAUGCCUGUCAAAUUGAUGGUUACAUAACACUAAACACAAGAUGUGUUCUCAUUGACGAGAAGUCUUUCCCAACAGGUUGGGUGUGAGUAAGUUCCCUAUCAGGCAUUGCAAGACUUACUGGGCCAGAAUAGUUAAGAUAAAGCAGCAGAACAUAUGCCUUCAAUAUCUGUCACUUAAGACCAUUUCCUGAAAAAGAAAAAUGGAUGGGAAUUUUGACCCUCAGUCAAAAAAGUCCCUUCUAAACUUCCCAUUACAAUGCGGACCCAUGUGUGUCAUAUCACUUACAUGGGCUACUUAACCAAUCACUAUACUGCUUUACAAUUUCACUAACAACAAUAGAGCAUAAGCAUGAUGUCAAAGUCUUCAUCUCUGGUUUGACAAAUAUAUAAAUUAAUCUUAAUCUCAUUAUCCUUUCAAAUGUAAAUGGUAUUUUUUCAGAAACUCCAUAGUUUCAGCAGGUAGCCUAGUGGUUAGAGCAUUGGACUAGUAACCAGAAGUGUUGCUAGAAUGAAUCCCUGAGCUGACAAGGUAAACAUCUGUUCUGCCCCUGAACAAGGCAGUUAACCAACUGUUCCUAGGCCGUCAUUGUAAAUAAUAAUGUGUUCUUAACUGACUUGCCUAGUUAAAUAAAAGUUUAUAAAAAUAAACUAGUAAAUGCUAUCUAGCAAUGACUAGGUUCUAUAAAAUGUGCCUCCACUCUCCUGGCCCAGGCAACCACCAUUCAAAAUUUAUCAAAGAAGGUUAAUUCUCACUGUUGGAAAACCCCAUCUUUAUACCCUUAAGAAAACAGGAAUUGUUUGUGCCAUUCCUGAAAUGUUCAACUUUUACUAACAAACACAUUGUGCCAUUUCCAUACUUUUGUUUAAAAACCUCACCCGCUCCCGCUCCAGUCUCAUUGAGUUCCCAGGGGCAGGAGACAAGGGCACAGGAAACAAGUGACCAAACCACCUCAGUGACCCACAGUCACACGGAGAAACACCCCCAGCCAGUCAGUCAGUUCCCAAUCACUGUCAUUGCUUACUGCUCCUCUGAAACAACUAGUCGUCGGUCGCCUGCUGGCCUACCCACUGAAAAGCAUGGUGGUCAUUUACAGAAGACCAUUUGGACAGUCACCAUUAAGCAUCUCCAGAGAGCAGAAUGUAUUCCAGUUGUAGAAUGUACAUGGAGCCCUCCCGGGACCUUCAUAGAUGGCCCAAUAGGACUGAGACAGUAGUGGUGUUCUGGACUUGUAGCGACGCUCCCUGUGUGGAUGUAAGAAAAUCAUUUCUGGAUGCAGUACACCUGGAAGACAAUAUUCUGGAGGUGUUUUGUUGAUCGUGGGAGAGGAAAUAAUCUAUAAUUGAUCAGCUUACCACCGUAUCCUCACAAAGCUGAGCAUUCUAUCCUGGUGUUCCACUCUGAAGGAGCAGGAUGUGAAUAAGCGGACUGCCUUUCGGGUUAAAAGAUGCCCAUGCUUCUGCAUCUUUCUCUUUGUGUAACCAACACCUGCAUUUCGACUCUCGGAACAGCGGACCACACUAAUUGCCAUUUUCUGACCAAUUAUGAAAGACAACCAUAAAGUUGAAUAUAUAAAGGUAGUUAUCAAAUGCCCUGAGUCUCCCCUACCUCAGCCCCACCCCCAGCCCCACUCACAUCACCUGCUUUUUUGGAGCUUUCUGCUUCUUUUUGAGAGCAAAAAAAGGUGCACAUCUUUCCCAUCCUAAACAUUCCUCACACGGGGCACCAAUUGCUUAUUGAAAUAGUAGUACAUUCAUAUUAUGUACAUGUAAGUAUGAAUGUGUUCAGGCGUGUGGGUACGUGUUGAGAGUAUGCAUGCGGUCUGUCUUAUACGUCUGCUAUAUAAAAUCACCAAUAUUCUGUGUUGAUAUCAAGCUUCACAGCCCCCAGCAAUGUACUGUACUGUUCAUGUGACACCUUUGGAAGGAGAGUCGUAUAUACGUUAGCAGUGCUUGAGUGACAAGGGAACAUGGGAAUUUAAAUGCUCCUCAAGGACCAUCCACUGAAAUGUCAAAAUGGUCACCCCCUCACAGUCUUUGAUAGCUUCAGUCAUUUGUAAGACGCUGAUACCUUAUCCAAGCCAUAAACAGAAAAUCGAACUCUAUAGUUCUUCAGCUAAACUUGCUGGCUCGCUUAACCCACAGUUCUUCUCUUUCUCACCCACUGCUGCGGUACAAAGGACACCCCCAUGCCAGUAUGACACUUUCCCUGAUGAUAGUAAAAGACCACACAGUUCAGGUCUCUUCCGCUCUCUCCCCUUCCCUUUCCUAUGUCACUCAAUUGCUCUCAUGACUCUGCACUGUGUCCACGAAAUGCUUUGUUCCUGUAAGCAAUAAUGAAUCUUUAUGAGUCGCGCUUGGAAAGGCUCCCUCAGAGGGUUUGUCUUCACUGAGAAAGGCAGAGCUAGAGCCAGAUCAAACUAACAGCCACCCUCCUAAACUCUAACCAGUGCUCACAUUGACAUGAGCACCCACCACUUUACUUCUGCUCAAUGGGAGUAUGGGACACAAUCUAUGAUGUACCCCUUGGACAGUUGUCGCUGUACACUAAUAUGUUUGGUGGCUUAAUUGAAUUAGUCCCAAUGAGAAACACAACAAAGGGCUCUAUUCAAUCUGUAUAACUGAAAUGUUACAGAUCGCACAAUAGAAAUGUAAAGGUGAUUUCCGAUUGAGCCGAAACAAAUGCAUUGUUUACUGUGAAUGCAGUUUCCACUAACAUGGGAACAUUGUCUUUAAAUUUCAAUAACGCUGUAACGCAAUACCUCUGUGAUAUGGAUUGAAUCCAGCCCAGUGUCUCUAAGCUUGGCCAGCCUCCUCUCACAGGGCGGUUCAAACUCUGUACACCAGGCAUCCCUGAAGACAAACCCAUGACCAGCUGUUCCCCAACCUGCAGGUUAGGUAAACCAGUAAAAAGUUUCAGUAUCUGUAUUUUCUGUGUUCUUCUCGUAAUAUAAACAUGUGUGUGUAUCUGAACUGGUGACUAGUAUAAUGUAUAAAGAUUAAACCAAG